AUGAAAAGGAACGAAAGCCCGGGGAAGACAAAUAAAAAUGAGACCAAGACACUCACAUUAAUGAAUGUUGAAGAAACUGCGUUGAAAACGGCAAAGCAAUCCAAAACCUCUCCCCAACGAUUGUCCACGGCACCGGACGAUCGGCCAAACUGUGAAGACGUGUCCAGGCGACACGAGGUAGAGCUGAGGGAGUGGAGGAAGGGUUAUUAA